CUGAUUGGACGGCGCUGGUUUUAUGACGUCGCGAGACUUUGGCUCAUAAAGCAGCGCUGUCUGAAAACGGCACGUAGUGAGUUAGCACGUCGGAAGAAUCCACAGAACGACAUUAUGUCACUGCACAAGAGCCCAGUGGACAGACCGCCUGAGAAGACGCAUUCCAUGGACAUGAAGCAAAGCCACAGAUUGUAUCCAUCACUGCCGCACACGAGCAGGUAUGAGAUAUGUCUGCCCGUUGGCUCCGCUCGAGAAAAACCCCAAACAGCUGCAGAGUUUCAUCCCCGCAGUGGUCUGGAAGACCCCCAGCCACUGGAGUUUUCUACCGGCUGUGACAUCAGCAUGAAAGCACAGAUUCUUAUCCUGGAGGAACAGAGGAGAGAGCUUCUCUCCAUCAAUAAGAAAUGGGCAAAAGAGUACAGGACCAUGGCACAGUUUUACAAGGGGAAGAUCAGAGCGUUAAAAGCAUUACAGCGCCAUGAUCUCUCUGAGGAGGAGACGAGCGACGAAGAGAAGCUGGUCGCGUUAUGUGACCAGCUUAAAUUGAAGACUGACACUUUGACCGGAGAAGUUGAGGUCGGCUCCAAGCUGCUGACGGCCGAGAACGAAGCCAGAGAGCUGCGGCUGGAGAACGGCACUCUGACCCGCCGGGGGCAGCACCAGCGCGAGGAGAUCCAGCGGCUCAACAAGGCUCUGGAGGAGGCGCUUCAGACGCCUCAGCUUCUCGGGGGGAGCAGUGAAACGCAAAUCAACAUCUGGAAACAUCAGGCCGAAGUCUACAAGGAAGACUUUCUGACAGAGCGCAAAGACCGGGAAAAGUUGAAAGACAAAUAUCUGGAGCUGGAGAAAAGGUUCAGAAAGGUGCACAAUGAGCUGCGUGCCAUCAAAUCUCAGGUGACACGAGACCUACCAGAGCAGCGAUGCUCCUGCACAAGUCGCGGCAAAUGUCCAAACUGGGAAGCGUGCUCUGUCAGACAGCAGCAUCCCCAAAGACGCAGCAGCCCGGACAGCAAACGGUGAAAACCCAGCGUUUGACGACAGCACUUUAGCACUUUAUUGGAAAUCGUGAGUCUGGAAGGAAUCUCCGCGGCAGCCUCGGGUCUGCGAGGAGACGUGAAUUACUGCACUGCCAAAACACUAGACGUUGACUGCCUUCACACAAACUGCGAACGGACAGGAGCUCCCCCUGUUAUCAGUGCCUAAAACGACAACAAUUCUUCAACAAAAAGGAGGACUAAAGCAUGGCCGUCAUGCUUUGCUUUGAUAAUCCACGAAAAAGAGAACUCCAGCCAUCCUGUGACGAGGGCUAAAAAGAUUCUGACUUGUUAUACACUAUUUAUCCUUUGUGGCUUUGUGCCGCUCUCAUAACAGGAAGAAUGACGGCGCCCGGAGCCUCUGAGAGAGAAUCCUAUAUGCUCCCUGUCCUUUUGUUGCAGGUGUUCAUUAUCAAUUCGUUCACACCUGAAGGCUGUGAAGACAGGAGAUGUAUGUUGUAGGAGAAGAAAGCAAAUAUGGGAUUUUUUUCAGUAUUUAUGUUGAUUUAAAGGAAUGUAUGUCAUCUAAUUAUCUUGGUCUCCUGAUUAUUUAUAAUAAAAAUAAAUCAAUGA